AUGGGGGAUUUGGAAAAGCAAGCAGUGGUGAAUGGAGGGAAGGAGGAAGAAGAAGAGGAAAAGCUGUUAAUGGAAGGAAUGAGCGUAUUGGAUUUUGAUAUGUUGUGCUCUACUGUGGCUAUGCAAACACAAGGCAAAUAUUGGGCCAAACUUGAAAGCAGUGAAGAAGAAGAAGAUGAUCAUUUGAAUCAUUGUAAUAAUGGAGGUGGUGGUGGUGGUUUCAGGAUGUGGGAAGGUGAAGUUCUUGAUUGCUUUGAUGACCACCGCAUUGCCGUUGAAUCUCUUUGCUGUCCAUGCUGUAGAUUUGGAAAGAACAUGAGACGAGCUGGUUUUGGGUGUUGUUUUCUUCAGGGAAUUGUAUAUUACGUUCUUGCUUUCAGUGCCCUUCUCAACUUCGUUGCCUUUUUUGUGACAAAGCGACACUGCUUUCUGUAUUUAUCAGUUGCAUUUACCUUCUCUAUAGGAAUGUAUUUGGGUUUCUUCCGCACACAGACGAGAAAGAAAUUCAAUAUCAGGGGUAGUGAUAGUUCCUUGGAUGAUUGCUUCUACCAUCUGAUCUGCUCCUGCUGCACGUUAUCCCAGGAAUCCAGGACAUUGGAGAUGAACAAUGUCCAAGAUGGUACCUGGCAUGGUCGGGGUGAUACUAUAUGUGUAGGUAGUUAUAGUGAAGGAAACAAAGCGUUCCUGGAACUGAACCCGCCUCCCGCUGUUGCAACCAAGUCCCCUGACACUUGCAGCAUGCAAAAGAGUACUAAUCUCAGUGACCAAUCGGUUCGUAUACAGUCUGUGUCACCCAAUCUUGUUUAUGAGAAGCCAUCAGAGGGUAGCAUGGAGCUUUUCCUGCCUGUACUCAGACUGCUCCCUUUUCAAAUCGCGGGGAAGAUGACCUGCUUUAGACUAUCUGAUAAAGAAGUGUCUGCGGUCCAUGCAGACAAUGGAGACUUGCAUUUAACAAGUGUUGGGUUAUCGGUUACACCCUUGUUCUUAAUCUGCUUUGUUUAG